AUGUAUCCUCCUCCUCCUCCUCCUCCUCCUCCUCCUCCUCCUCCUCCUCCUCCUCCUCCUCCUCCUCCUCCUCCUCCUCCUCCUCCUCCUCCUCCUCCUCCUCCUCCUCCUCCUGGCUUCAAUCGCCUUUUGGAAAAUGCCCAUUUAUCCUCCCAAUUCCUUCGUCAGAAAAAGUGCGGCUGGGAGAGUCACAACGACCCCGAGAGUAUCAUCGACUCUCCUGACGCCGAACUGACUCCCUCCGGAGGAAACUAUACUCGCAGGCCCUUGAGCAGCCCUUCUUCUUCUUCUUCUUCUUCUUCUUCUUCUUCCAUUAAUGUAUUACCAAAUUCAAAGUUCAAGGAAACGUCUCCUCCUCGUCAAAACCUUGCUCAUGCUCGUUAUUCAUCUCUGUCUUCUCUUCGAUCUCCUGCAUCCACCUACCUACCCACGAUUGCAAUUACUCCAGACGCCAUCUUGCAUUCUCAGAUCGGUUUUGUCAUCACUUCAUCAGAAAACGAGAAGGACGAAUAG